ACUCUGCCCCCCCAGGUUUAUAUAAGACGUCGGGGGACAAUGUUCGUUCACACGAAACGCAUGAAAAUGUCGGCGAGUGGUGGUCGCUGCGAAGAGCGAAGUGCUCUCUUUUUAUCCUUUUUGCAGUGAGCUGCCAACGGGACUUAUUCUUCACACGUCGGGACGUAAAGAGACCCAUCUGCAGAGCAAACUCGCACUUUGCUGGUGCACAACCACAGCCUGGCUUAUUGGUCCAGAGCUGCGCAGUGUCAGCGUCUGACGCAGCUGGAGCACCUAUCCGCGAGGGGGAACGCUGACACCUGACGGCUCCAUCUCUUGACACGCCGGUCUUUUCCACCGCGACCACUUCGGCUCUGUGCUGCAGGAUCUGCUGCGUUUUAUGGAAGAGGAGUCUUCGCAUACUGUCCUGGUCAUGCUGCCCCCGAAGAACUGCCUGCCGAGGAACUACAGCUGCAUUGCCGGACUGUUCGGAAGCCUGGCUGCGGCGAACCCUCGGCUUGAAGAUGGGGAAGAAUUGGACAGGAUGAACGGCACUUGCGAGCCCAUCGAGAGCCCAGUGGUGGACGAGAGACCGCGGGGCAGAGAGAUCUUCCUCAAGCCUCCACAGAGUCCAAAUCUGCGUCGGAGGUGCAAGUCGUUGCCCACACCCACAGAGAGAGCAAAGUUAGAGAUCUCCCGCAGCAGAAGUCCGACCAGUCAGAAGAAGGUCCGGUUCGCCGACUCCCUGGGCCUGGAGCUCACUUCAGUGAAGCACUUUGACGAUACAGAAGAGCCAGAGGUGCCGGAGCGCAUACUGGCAAAACUACCCAAGGGACCCCUCCACCUUAAUCAUUUGGAAACAAAAUUCCCCCGCCCCCCCGCGCAGUCUGUGUUCAUGGAGUUGCAGUUCACCAACCCCGGCACACUACCCGGCUUUGAGGAGAAAGUGAGGGAGGUGAAAGUCCUGCUGGAGAGCGUGGAGACGGACGAGUUCAGCCUCUCCGGGUUUGUGCGCGUGUUGAAUCUGGCUUUCGAAAAAAGCGUCUCUCUGCGUUAUUCCCUAAACAACUGGAUAACAUUUAUGGACAGUUUGGCGUCCUAUGUGCCUAGCUCAAGCGACGGCGUCACCGAUAAGUUCCGCUUCAAGGUCGUCAUGCCCACCUACCUCGACAACGGAGGCACGCUGCAGUUUGCAAUUAAAUACUGUGUCGGCGGCCAAGAGUUCUGGGACAAUAAUAACGGGAACAACUACAAAGUGCGGCGUCACCGGUUCAAGAUGUCCCCGCCACGGGAAUGGGAGAAUGGAUGGAUUCACUUUAUCUGAGCUGUGCAGUCUGCGCUGGCACACUGCGUGCGUAACUUGCGCGUAACUGAUCCCCGGGUACCUUAGUUCAGACUGUAGCCUGUUAAAGAUUAUUAUUUUCUGCCAUUGUCAGAACACACACAUGCUGUGACACUGAAAACAAUUUCCCACAACGAUCAAAUAUUUUGGUAGCAGAAUGAGUGUUGAAGACUACUGUAUAAGCCUUUGAUAGGUGCCCGGUGCGGGAUGCUGUUAGAUAAUUUGCCUUGAUGUCAGGGCUCUGUACAGCUUGGUGCCCUUUGGGAGGGCAUGUUCACGUUAUGUAAUGUAGGAACACGUGCCACAGAAAACGUGCCGGGCAAUGCCGACUUCAGGCAUCGCUGUUCCUUCCAGGAGAUGCUGUGAAUGGAUUUGGUGGCAUGGGGAUGUUUAAAUGAUCUGUUUGCGUUGAACGUGUGCAAACCUACUGGCUUAAUGGGAAGCAGAGAGCAUCACAUUGUAGCUGGUGUGGAUGCCAAGCGAACCUAGUAUCGUACUCUUGGGGUGGUCUCCUGCAGGCUGGUGGGGCAACACACACACUGAGAUGACUGACAGAAAUUGCUGCUGGUCAUUUCCUCCAAAAAAAAAUUCAACGUAUAAUUUCCCACCGUCAUGCCAUUGAGAAAUGCCUUAUUAAAAGCCAUGAUGUGGGACGUUGUGCGUUGAAUGUUGAACAGUAUUUUCUUCAUUGAGUAUACUAAAUGCAUUAGAUGGUUAUCAUCAUAAAUUCACAUUUUAAAAGGCCUACAGGUUCUGGGAAUUAGCUAGUGUCCAAAUACCUGUUGGCUUCCAAUCCAGGGACACCAUCCUCAGUCAUAAACCUGCCCUUCUAGACAUAUAUAUUUUUUUAACCUACUUAACACCCAUUGUACAUUUUUUGCUGAAUUAAUGUAAAAAAGAUUAAAUGUUUCAUCAAACUCAAAAAUCAAGGAGGCCUCCCUGAGUUCAAAGUGGAAGUCCCCAAAUUACCAGCAGCAUGCACAUAUCCAUCAAAUCUAAAAGGCUAUAUUUCAGAAGAAUGGGCUUCAACACUCUCUGAUAGGACGGUUUUUCCUGAAUGAACCCCCCAAACUUGGUGGACAAUGCAUCUUGUAGCUGUUUGCAAGGUUUACCUCAGACUCUUCUUCUUCAGGCUGAUCGUUAUAAGACAGAUGUUAUUUUCACAGUAAUUAUUUUCUAGCAGAUACAAACAGAAAAGUAUUAUUGUACAUUUGAAUAUUAAAAACACAAUGCAUAUUCAUUUCUAAUGUUCUUGUUUGCACUGCGUACCUCCGUUUUCCACAGAGCAGUGUUGUCUACAAACAAAGUAGCUAUUACACGGACGACUGUGUUUAACCGGCUUCUAUCUUAAGUCACCACUGUGCAAGAUUAGUGCUGCUCCUUGUGCCCCACAGUUAAGUGGUAUGAACCACAUUACACACUCACAUUUCCAUCCUUAAGUUGCAAACUGUUGUCAGACAACUUAAUUUCCAUACCACAAGCCUUGAUUGAUGUUACACAACCAGUCUGCCUUUUUCAGACAACCGCCCAUGUCACAUCUAUAUGUUUUUUAUUUAUUCACUGGGGAGUGGUCUUCUGAACCUGCUCUCCAUCAUUUGUGAUCAGUGAUUGACGUAGGCAAACAAGUUUACCGAAAUGCAAAUAUCCAUCAGGCUUUUUUUUUAGUUGUUUGAUAUAAACAGUGUUUGUGGGCAUGUAGAGAGUUGAGCCUACAGUUCAGUAAGUGGAGGAACAACAGCCAGGGUGCUUUUAAUUCCUGUGCUCCAACUGUGAUCUGAGCAUCACUUUGUCCUUUGUUUACAUCACUGUGGCCUCAGAGAGAGGCUUUCCAUUUAAUGAGGCCAUCAGGUUAGGAUGUGGAUAAAGACUAUUCCUGUAACCACUUAGGUUUUGGAGCAGCUCCACUGUGAAUCCAUCAGUAAUGUUCGCGUCUACGUCUGAAAUGGUUUGUUUUGAAGCUGAAAUGCUCUACAUGAUGUGAGAAUAGAAGUUUUGCUGAAGUCAGAGUUGAGAUGAUAAAUACUUUCACCACGUUCAGCUUUAUCAUGUACAGAGCUGCUUUUUUCUCACCUGUUUAUUUAAUUACACUGUGGAUAUAAAAGGCCUGGCUGUGGCAGAGCUUGCUGUGUGCUGGUGAAUCAGUGGCAUAUUGUCUGCUUUGGUCUGUGUAAACUUUGUUGAAGCGUUCAUGCAAUGCAAUACCAGAAAGCAGUAAUUAUCCAGGCUGAGGCAACUGAUGUGGAUACAGAGAGAUGCAUCAAUACCAAUCAGUCACUGUUAUCACAGAUUGUGUUUUUUAGAUUUUAACAUUUGAAUUUGCUCUGUUUCGUCAACACUGUACAGUUCAGGACACAAAUGACUGUCUGAAUAUGUUGCUUUCUCCAAGUUCCAUUCCAUGUGACUCUUUGGUUUAACUUGCUGAUGCUAUUGGUGCAUCCCUGCCACAGAGAAAAUGCUCUGUUUAGAUUUUCACCUCAAUGUACGCAUAACAUUUUGCAUCAGAACUCACUGAUAUAUAGAUGUGUAUGUAAUUGUGUUAAUGUUUCAUAUUGAAUGUCUUCCUAUUACUGUUCUAUGUUGUGUGUAUACUGAAGCAUUUUAAAAGCAGAAUUGAGAGAGGUGAAUGGUAAAGGUUUGUUGUCUGAUGACCCUGUGAAGUUGAAAGAUAAAAUAUAAGCCCAAACUGAAUGAAUUCUAAAGCACACAUUGUAUAAAAUUUUAAAAUCAAACCUUACUUCGAGAUAAUUUAAAAUAAGGCUUCAUGUUAAACUGGCAAUGCCAGUCUCAAAACGAUGUUUUAUCCGUGAGGUAUUGCAGAAUUUCCCCUGAAAUAUGAAAUAUAUACCAACAUGUGAGCAGUGUUUCUGAAUGAAAUGAUUACAUUGGAAACCCCCUUAUGCACGGCUGUGGGUGUGCACUGCCUUAUUGAAAUGAGUUUACUUUGAGAUAUGAAGCAAAGCUGGAAGAAUGCAAGUGCUUGUUUGCUAAGAAAUAAUGUGAUUGUAGAUGGAUGAAACCAAACAAAGGCACAUAUCUGGGCCAGGUCGACACGGUGAGAUGCACUUUGGUGUUUGAUAACUUUUAUCAUGAGCGACUUACGAUUGUAGCACACCCAGUCAAAGCAGGUCUAAUGCACUUUGAGUGAGAACAAGGAAAGAGGCAGGGUUGCAGGUCACUAUGUGUACAGUUUGAAAGCUUCUCCUGUGAAUAGCUACUAACCAAGGUGUUUUCCAUUUGCCCUUCUCUUUUCUCUUACUGUGGAAAGUCUAACUUACAUCUGUCUUAUUUAUAACCAUUGUAUGGCACUGAGUUGAUAUAAGUGAGUUUCUUGAUUUUGUAAAUCCUAUGCAACCCCUUUUGUGUUGUAGCAUCUGCAGUCAUGUGACUGUUCAUCUGUGCUGUGUGCUGUCCAUGUUUUUCCUCCAUUUGCAGUGAAUGUUAACCACACUUGCAUGUACAGCUGUACUUAAUUUUUCUGUUUAGUUUUUAAUGUAACCUUUAUUUUGUUAAAACAAUGGUUAAUAAAGGCAUUUGUGA